CAUUACUCCAUUAACCUCUCUUGCACCGAGUCAUUGGCAAAUCCUAAUACAGCACUUGAAUCCAUUCAUCAUUGUCUUAGCAUGGCAUUAGAACUUGUUGGUGGUGCUCUUCUUUCUGUUUUCCUUGAUGUUGCAUUCAAGAAGUUAGCUUCUUCCCAAAUUCUCGAUUUCUUUCGUGCAAGAAAGCUUGAUGAGAAGUUGUUGAACAAUUUGAAAACCAAGCUGAACUCCAUCCAUUCUCUGGCUGAUGAUGCAGAGAGAAAGCAGUUCACGAAUUCAUAUGUCAGAAACUGGUUGGUUGAGGUCAAAGAUGUUGUCCUUGAUGCAGAGGAUCUCUCGGAUGAUAUACAAAUGCUCUCCAAAAGACAAGUGGAUGCUGAUUCUGAAUCUCAAACCUCUGCAUGUUGUACGUUCAAGGUACUCAAUUUCUUCAAAUCUUCUCCUAUUACUUCCUAUAAUAAGGAAAUUGAGUCUAGGAUGCAAGAAGUCCUUGACAAACUAGAUACUCUCUUAAGUCAACGGGGUAAUCUAGGAUUGAAAACAGGUAGGGCUAUUGGAUCUGGGUUGGGCAAUGAACUGCCACAGAAAUCACAAACAACAUCGUUGGUUGUUGGAACUGAUAUCUAUGGCAGAGAUGAUGAUAAAAAACAGAUCGUUGACUGGUUGAUAUCUGACAACAACAAUCCUAACCUGCCAUCAAUACUUUGUAUUGUGGGAAUGGGCGGGCUGGGUAAGACCACGCUUGCCCAACAUGUAUUCAAUGACCCAAAGAUAAACGAGGCUAAAUUUGAUGUCAAAGCCUGGGUUUGUGUUUCAGAUGAAUUUGAUGUUUUCAAAGUAUCAAGAGCAAUUCUUGAGGCUGUUACUGAAUCAACUGAUGAUAGUAGAGAUCUAGAGAUGGUCCACAAAAGAUUGAAAGAAGAAUUGACUCAGAAGAAAUUUCUUCUUGUUUUGGACGACCUUUGGAACGAGAACCAACAUAAUUGGGAAGAAGUGCAGAAGCCCCUCAUGUUCGGAGUCCAAGGGAGUAGGAUUCUGGUCACUACACGUAGUAAGGAAGUUGCCUCUACCAUGCAGUCAGAAGUUUACUCCUUAAAGCAGUUACAAGAAGAUGAUUGCUGGAACUUGUUUUCUAAAUGUGCAUUCCGAGAUGAUGAUACUCAACCAAAUCCAGAGUGUAGGGAGAUUGGCAUGAAGAUUGUUAAAAGAUGUAAAGGACUACCUCUUGCCUUGAAAACAAUGGGAAGUCUAUUAUACAACAAAUCAUCUGUUUCAGAGUGGGACACUGUGUUCCAAAGCGAAAUAUGGGAAUUUUCACAAGAGCGUUAUGAUAUUGUUCCCGCUUUAGCGUUGAGCUAUAUCCACCUUCCUUCCCAUCUGAAGGUCUGCUUUGCUUACUGUGCCAUGUUCCCCAAGGAUUAUGAGUUUAAAAAGGAGCAUUUGAUGCACUUGUGGAUGACUGAAAAUCUCUUACAUUGUCCUUCAGAAAACGUUUGCCAACAAUACUUCAAUGAUCUACUAUCAAGAUCUUUCUUCCAACAAUCAGGUGAAAAGGAAGAUGUAUAUGUGAUACAUGACCUUCUAAAUGAUUUGGCAAAGUAUGUUGGUGGAGGCAUAUACUUUAGGUGGGAAGUUGGUCAAAACGAGAAGAUACAAAAAGUAACUCGUCAUUAUUCAGUUGAACUUGGACACAAUCGAUAUUUUGAUGGGUUUGGGUUUGGAACCUCAUGCAACACAGAAAGGUUACGCACAUUUAUGUUGACAGAGCUGCCUGACUCUGUUAGCAAUCUUGAGCAUCUUCGAUUGUUAGACCUCUCACAUACCAUACUAAGUCAACUUUCAGAAAAGAUAUGUUCACUCUCCCACUUGCAAAUACUAAAGUUGAACUAUUGUAUAUAUUUGGAGGAGUUGCCUUCAAAUUUGUAUUUACUCACCAAUUUGUGUCGCCUUGAAUUGAUAGAGAAUAAUUUGGAAAAGUUGCCGCCGGGUUUGGGAAAACUGAAGAAUCUUACAGUAGUAAUGGAAUCCUUUAAUGUUGGCGAUGGUUGGAGGGAGUUCGGUAUUCAACAACUAGGAGAGCUCAACCUUGAUGGACAUCUAUCAAUUAAGGAGCUUCAGAAUAUUGAAAAUUCAGUGGAUGCAUCAAAAGCAUGUUUGAGGAAUAAAAGACUCCUUAUGAAGUUAGAGUUGAGAUGGAGAGGGAAUAGGAGGUUUAUUGAUUCGAAAAAUGAAGAGGAGGUAAUUAAGAAUCUGCAACCUUCCGAAAACUUAAAAGAGUUGGCAAUCUUAGAAUAUGGUGGGAAACAACUUCCAAACUGGUUACAUUCAUUACCGUACCUGGUGUCCUUAGAGUUGAAUGGAUGUGGGUAUUGUGAACGUUUACCUCCCCUUGGACUUUUGCCAUUUCUUGAGGACUUGAGUAUUGAUGGACUUGAUGGGAUAGUGAGUAUUGAUGCUGAUUUUUAUGGGAGCAACUCUUGUUCAUUUAAGUCUCUACAAAGUUUGGUAUUCUCCCAUAUGCGACAAUGGAAAAAAUGGGAAUGCAAAGCAGGUGCUUUUCCACGUCUACAAUAUCUUACUAUAACUUCAUGUCCUAAGCUGAAAGGAGAGCUGCCAAAGCAACUUAUUCCUUUGAAAACACUAACUAUUAGAGACUGCCAACAACUUGAGGCUUCCGCUCCUAGGGCUCUAGAUUUAAAGCUAUAUGACUGUGGAAAGUUGCAUUUUGACUGGGCUACCAUGAAAGGUCUCAUAUUGGAAGCAUCAUUGCUGGAAAUUGUUUGGUCUGACACUGUUGAAUAUUUGUGUAUUAUCUUUAAGUCAAUGAGUGAUGAUUGUGUCGCUAUAAGGAUCUUUCCAUUGGAUUCCCUCCCAAGACUCAGGAAGUUGUAUCUCGGUGGGUUUCCUAAUCUGCAGAUGAUUUCACAGGAUCACGUUCAAAAUCAUCUUGUGGGUAUGACAAUCGAAAAGUGUCCUAAAUUUGAAUCAUUGCCUGCAAACAUUCAUAUGAUGCUUCCAUCUCUCAAUGACCUAAACAUAGAAGACUGUCCAAAACUUGAGUCCUUCCCUGAGGGAGGUUUGCCAUCAAAUCUAGAGCAUCUGACAAUAAAGAGGUGCCUUAAAUUGGAAUCAUUGUCUGGAAACAUGCAUAUGUUGUCUCUCAAGAAUCUAUGGAUAGAAGACUGUCCAAAACUUGAGUCGUUCAUUAAGGGAGGUUUGCCGUCAAAUCUAAGAUUUAUGAAACUCAAUAAUUGCUCUACACUACUUGUUGACUCACUGAAAGGAGCAUUCAGAGACAAUCCUUCUCUCGAAAGCUUGACCAUUGAAAAAGUGGAUGCAAAAUAUUUUCCUGCUGAAGGUUUGCUUCCACUCUCUCUUACUGAACUAAUAAUGCGUGAUUGUCCAAAUCUAGAAAAACUGGACUAUAAGGGUCUUUAUCAACUCUCAUCCCUCCAAUCAUUGCGUCUUGAUAACUGUCCCAAGCUUCAAUGCUUACCAGAGGAGGGUCUUCCCACAUCAAUUUCAUUUCUUUACAUAGCUCGUUGUCCAGUGCUCAUUCAGCGUUGCCAAAAAGAAAGAGGCGAAGACCGGGAAAAACUUUCUCACAUUAAACACUUGUAUAUAAUGUGGUGAAGGGUUUGUUUUAAAUAGUUAUGCAUUUGUUUGUUGG